AUGGAAAAAUUACAGUGUGAAUCUGAAAUUAAUCAAUUGAAAACACAUAAUGAAGCUGCGGGAGGAGAAAAGAAGAAAAGAUUAUUUGGUCAUGGGUCUGAAGCCGCCAGUGAUUUUGGAAAAAAAAUUUGUGCUUGCAAUGCUUCCAUAUCAUCAUUACCACCUUCGGUUUCUUUACUGACAACAAAUAUGGAGGAGUUUGUGAAGCAAUUGAUUUCGACACUUACUAAUUUUCUUCCGGUAGUUAUUGAGCGUGUUGGUGGUAUUAGGGUACAAGAAGGGGCCGUGCUUGAUCCUCCUCCUACUAAUGAUGAUGAUGACAAGGUUGAUUCCUAG